UCCGCCGACGUGCAUCGCGGUGCGUGGACGUGCGUACAUGGUCGCAUGUGUGAGUGAGUGAGCAGCAGAACAGACAGACAGAGGUAAUCAAGAGAGGAGAAAGAGAGACAGAGCACGAGUCGUCGAUCGAGCGCACACCCUCGCACCCACGCGUACUUCUUCUCUAUUUACUCGCGAAGCGCGACUCCGCCGAACAUGAGGAGGACCACCGUCGCCUGACGUCUCGUGGCCGAAAGUACAUUCUUCGUUGUGUGUUUCGUCGAAAGAUCAUGAAUGCCCAGUCCCUUCGAGUACAGCCGCCGAUGGAGCUCCGAGAAGUCUCGCAUUCCCACAAACCGUGGAUGCAGCCGGGGGCCGGAACCGGCGGGGCCCACGUGGGCGGGACAGGUGACGAUGAGGCCCCGAAGGACCCGGGUGCGCGGAUCACCCACCAGUCCUACACGGAAAAAGAUUAUGAAGGUCACAGGGCGCACACGGUGUACGUAGGCGUGCACCUGCCGGGAGAGAGGAGACACCGUCGUCAUCAUAAACACCAUCAUUCACAACGGCAGUCGUACCCCUGCGGUAAGGAGGAUGCCGACAACGAAAGGCCGAUCACCCCGCCGGCGCAGAGGGUGCAGUUCAUCCUCGGCGAGGACGUCGGUGACGAUGCGCACGAGUCGCAUCCGCUCUUCUCGGAGAUGGAGGAACUCGUCAAGGAUGGCGACGAGAUGGAAUGGAAGGAGACCGCGAGGUGGAUCAAGUUUGAGGAGGAUGUCGAGGAAGGUGGCAAUAGAUGGAGCAAACCUCACGUUGCGACAUUAUCGCUGCACUCGCUGUUCGAGUUGAGGAGCCUCAUCUUAAACGGAACCGUUAUGCUCGACAUGGAGGCGGUCAGUUUGGAGCAAAUAGCCGAUCUUGUCCUCGACAACAUGAUCAACAAAGGAGUACUGCAGAUCGAGUUGCGAGAGAAGGUGAGAGAAGCCCUCCUCGUCAGACACCGGCACCAGCACGAAAGGCGCAAAGACAAUAACAUGUCGAGGUUACCGAUUAUAAGAUCGUUAGCUGAGAUAGGACGCAACCAUUCCUCGUCAAAGAAUUGCGACUGUACAUGUGGUAUGCAUGCCUUGUUGACGUCAGAUUUGCAGGAGCGUCGCGAACCCAGGGACACCUAUAUGCCCCCCGUCGCCCGCAGCAGCAGUUGCCCAAACUCGAACACGGCCCCGCUGUCGAAAGAGGCGAAAGACCUCAAAGGGCCAUAUCUUCUAGUUCCAGUGGAGGAAUCGAAUUCCGCUCCGGCGAUCGCCGGCGCAACAAGUCAGGGCAGUGGAGCAGCGCUGAAUGCUGGUAGCCGCUUCCUUGCGAUACCCGGCAAUCCCGGCCAAGAGCCAGGCAGCAACGGCAUGGACCGGAGUCCCAGCAGCGUGUCCAUCAGCAGGAAUCACAGCUCCUCCGCUUUGGAAAACGGGGACGCUAAUCACAGGGGCAAUACACACUUUAUGAGGAAGAUACCGGCCGGUGCCGAGGCGAGCAACAUACUCGUGGGUGAGGUCGACUUCCUCGACAAGACUCUGUCCGCCUUCAUCCGAUUGAGCCAGGCCGGGAUAAUGGGCGAUCUGACGGAGGUGCCCGUGCCGACGAGAUUUAUCUUCGUUCUGCUGGGACCCAUGGGUGGAAGCUCAGGUUUCGGCAGAGAAAUUGGUCGUGCCAUGGCGACUCUGAUGUCCGACGAAGUCUUCCAUGACGUGGCUUACAAGGCGAAGAACCGAAAUCACCUCUUGGCCGGUAUCGACGAGUUUCUAGAUGCUGUAACGGUAUUGCCACCCGGAGAAUGGGACCCGACAAUCAGGAUAGAACCUCCAGCCGCUAUACCGUCGCAGGAAGUGAGGAAGAGGCCGAAAGAGGAGAAGCCUAAGGAAGAACUCGAUGAGGAGGCUGACGAGCAAAAGCAAAGAGAGGAGUCCGGCCUCGCGAGAUCCGGAAGACUCUUCGGCGGACUGAUCAACGACGUGAAGAGGAAAGCUCCGUUUUACUGGUCCGAUUUCAAGGAUGCUUUGGCACUUCAGUGCGUGGCGUCCUUCAUCUUCUUGUAUUUUGCCUGCCUGUCGCCCAUCAUCACCUUCGGCGGCCUCCUCAGCGAGGCUACCGGCAAGAACAUGGCUGCUAUGGAAUCGCUAGUCUCCGGCUUCGUCUGCGGCAUAGGAUACGGUUUCUUCUCCGGCCAACCGCUGACUAUACUCGGCUCCACCGGCCCGGUUUUGGUUUUCGAGACGAUCGUCUAUGAAUUCUGCAAGCAGGUCGAUUGGAAUUACAUGUCUUUCCGCUUCUGGAUCGGCACGUGGACCGCCGUCAUCCUGAUGAUUCUCGUGGCGAUAGACGCGAGUGCUUUGGUCUGUUACAUCACUCGUUUCACCGAGGAGAACUUUGCCACCCUUAUCGCCUUCAUUUUCAUCUACAAAGCUAUCGAGAAUGUGUUGUCGAUCGGCAAGAAAUUCCCCCUGAAUACCCACCCUAGUGAAACGUUGGGCUACGAUUGCUGGUGUAAACCAUCGGACACUAUUCUGCCAUCCAGUUACAACAACGUGAACUGGACGAUGUUGAAUCAGACGGCAUGCGAGAACUACAAUGGCACGAUGGUGGGCGAUGGAUGCAGCGGGCCGCAUUACGUACCCGAUGUGUUCCUCAUGUCAAUUAUUCUAUUCAUGGGUACGUUCUUGCUGUCAGUGGAGCUCAAGGAUUUCAAGAAUGCUUUAUUCUUUCCCUCAAAGGUGAGGCAGGUGGUGAGCGACUUCGCGGUAAUAAUCGCGAUAUUCUCCAUGAGCACGCUGGAUCACUUCGUGGGCAUCUCGACGCCGAAGUUGGAGGUGCCGACGGAAUUCAAGCCGACGCUGGAGGGACGAGGAUGGGUGAUUUGGCCUUUUCAGCAAAAUCCGUGGUGGAGUGCUGUCGUGGCGUGCCUCCCCGCUUUAUUGGGCACUAUAUUGAUCUUUAUGGAUCAGCAAAUCACGGCCGUUAUAGUCAAUAGGAAAGAGAACAAGUUAAAAAAAGGAUGCGGGUACCAUUUGGACCUCUUCGUCCUGUCGAUCCUGAUCGAGAUAUGCUCGGUGAUGGGACUCCCGUGGUUCGUCGCAGCGACGGUGCUCUCCAUCAACCACGUGAACUCGCUGAAAUUGGAAUCCGAAUGCGCCGCACCGGGCGAGAAGCCGCAGUUCUUGGGCGUCCGUGAACAGAGAGCCACUCACAUACUGAUUUUCCUGAUGAUCGGUUGUUCGGUGCUGCUAACCCCGAUGCUGCGGAACAUACCGAUGCCGGUGCUGUUUGGUGUCUUCCUGUACAUGGGCGUCGCAUCGUUGAAGGGUCUCCAGUUCUUCGACAGGAUUCUGAUCAUGCUGAUGCCCGUGAAGUACCAGCCGGAUUAUAUGUUCCUGCGUCAGGUGCCAUUAAAGCGCGUGCACAUGUUCACCGUGAUUCAGCUUGCCUGCCUCGCUUGUCUCUGGAUCAUAAAGUCCUUCAGCACCACCUCUAUCUUGUUCCCCUUAAUGCUCGUAGUGAUGAUCGGCAUACGCAAGUCUUUGGACCUGGUGUUCACGCAACGCGAGCUGAAGAUCCUCGACGACGUAAUGCCGGAGCCGAGCAAGAAGCACGCCGACGAUCUUCGUAAGCUGGAGAACGGCGAGGAUCAGAACGAGUCGAUGGGAUAUGGACCACCGGGCAACAUCCAGAUCUCCUUGGCUAACGGGAACAUCAUGAAGAUCCCACUAGCGAGUAUCAACAUCAGCGAAGAGGUGAACAAGACCGGCAUCUGGCAGCAGGUCAACGAGGGCAACGAGAAGUCGAAACAGUCCAAGUCAUUAAUCAAUAUGGGGAAGCAGAAGAAGCACACGAAGAAGGACAACUCGUUGCUGGCCGACGAGACGACGAGGCUGACGACGAUGACCGAGGAGGACGAGGAUGACAGUGGGAUCUCGAUCAAGGUGACAAACGUAGAUUUAAUACGAUCCAAGGAAAGCAUCAGUCCCUUGAAAGCGAAUGGCACUACCUCAGCCGAAACUUCCGUUUAACAUGAAGACAGCGGAAACGAGCGCAUGUUGACGCGACACGCAGGCUUCUUUGGUCGAUCCUUUCGAGACUUUCGCCCACUUCGUUCCCUUCUCCGCAAUCUGCGUCCAUCUCUUUCUUGCGAAACGGCCAUUCGGCCGACGAGGAACCCGUAGAUCGUCGCGUCAUCCAAUUUCGCCGCGAGACUUUCGUUCGUUUCAUUCGAGAAGCGACACCACCCGCCGCCUAUCAUUUCGCGAUUAUCCUUGAUUGUACUGUAUUUGUACUAUAUACUUGCCGAUCGACGCGCGACCCUAGAAUUUAUACUCGACUGUAAAUGAAAGUCAUCCAUGUACAGAGUCCCGAUGUGUCUGUACAUAGGAGCGAUUCGAUUCAAGAUUCUCGCCAAUUAGUGUCCAGUCGUGUUACUUUACGAAGGCUCUUCUCUCAUCCCCGUAAAAGUGGUACGCGCGCUCGAAUACGAGAGACGCGGCGGGUCGCCAUAAAAAGCAACUUGGGCAAACGUGGUAGAAGCGGAGGAGAAACGAUAUUUAUACGUCUGUAUUGUGAUGGCUGUUCGUAUGACAAUUGAUUCUUUCCAGAAAGAGAGAGAGAGAGAGAGAGAGGGGGAAGUAGGGUAUUCCAAAACUCGACGUGGUACAGACGUACGGUAGUUACGUAAUAGAUUUUACAUUGUAACGACGACGGAAAAGAAAGUACGGUAAAAUAUAAAGAAUCACACAUACCACUGCGCCUCAGUCGGACGAUAGGAAAUACGAGUCGGCGAGAGCCAUGACGUUUUACGAGUCACUGGGGGGAUACCUCCACGCUGGAACUCGCGGAAAGCGCACAUUUUUCCAAGUCGUAUAAGCGAUACCAAAGAAAUAAAGAAGAAAAUACACCUGUACGUCGUAUAUUUAUAAUGCGCCUGAGUGUAAGAUCGCGAUAACGCGCGGCAAAAUUCGAAUCUUCAAUCACGGCCCUCGAGAAGUCCCUCGAGCUUCGGUGAUAAUUCGUUUCCGAUAUUUCACCGUGACGGUAUUUCGUUGCGCGGCAUUGUGCGAGCCGCAAAAAAGAGGGGAAAAAGUAAGUAAGGAACGAGUAAGUAUGGCAUUGCCGUGCAGUAUGGCACGCGAUUCUGCGCGCGUGUAGCGAUUAAGUAGUUAAAAUGUCUCUGUAAUCCUAGUAUGCCAAAAAAACCCCGCAAUGUACACGUGUACCGACGUUUCCUUCGAGGGAUAUCUCGCGAAUCACUGUCGGCGAGGAUCACCGAGGGGAAGUAACUUGCAACGAGUACGGUCGCUCGUUGAAGAAAACUGCACUGGAACACAUCGUUCGUUCUCGGAUCGUGUUAACGUGUUGUUUUCUGAACGGCUACCUCGCGAACUAGGAAACGGAGGGGAGAGAAUAUCCCCCGUACAGCUAAAUAUCAGGGUGAGGAAAAUAUCAGGGAGAAGUAGAACAUUAUUUGUACCGUUACAAGGAAGUUACCUUUUUUCAGUAACAACUUGGUAACGACGUUAAUUUUUUUUUUUUUUUUUAUUAAUAACGGUACAUGUUACAUUAUUGGGGUAACGAACACAAUCGUUGCUUUUGUCGUUACUUCGCACACGUAGAAUACAUGUAUGUGGAAUAGACAAGAGCGAAUCAUAAAAAAAAAAAUAGGUCUUCAAAACCCGGUGCAAAAGUAACGGUGAUGCAACGAUUACUUAGAUAACGAUGACGAGUUACUGUCCAAAAUAGCUUUGCUGCUAAGCAUCACUCGUCUCCUUUAUAAACGGAACACGGUAUCGGCGUUCUUCUUCUCGUUCCGGGCACCGAUAUCCCGCGAUUUCUAUCACCGAGGAAAUCUACUUCGAAAAAAUCACCGAGCUUUCUAUCAAGCGGAUCUCACCCGCGAAUAACAUUCGCGAAAUAGCUACUCGCUGAUGAACACGAUCGAAAUUGGAUUUAUCUUGGAAGAGUUCGCCUUUUUUAAUCGACGUCCUGUUUUCCAAACGAUGAAAAUCGAACCCCCGAGGACACUCAAAAGUAUCUUGUAGCAACGUACCGUUCGUUUCAUUAUUUGUCACUGAAAAUCCUGGACCGGCUGGAGGUUUCGCGCGAGAGCUGAUCAUCGGAAUUCUAUUUUCGUAACUCUUUUGAUAUCUGGACACGUCCAACUAGCCAUCAGCGACAAUAUCGACAUAUUCUAAUUAUAGUGAAAUUAGUUUCUCCCCCAUCGCGCAAAAUUCGCGAGGAAUUUUCGAAAAAAAAAAACAUUCUCCGUGCCGGUGAGGUACGAUGCAACAUGCUUUUUUAUAACACAGUCCCUUGAAGGAUAAUCGAUCUCGUUCGUGGUUAGAGGAAGAUAAUGUAGAUCUGUAUAGCCCGUAUAUCCAAGUAGCAGACGUCAUAUUGACGACAGUAUGACGUCUCUAGCGUCAAUAUGACGUCUUCUGACGUCACUCUGCUACUUGGGAAUGCACAUAGCAGCUAAUCGUGCGACAAUUUACGAGUUCACUGUGUAACAAAUAAUAUUCUGUCGAGCGACGUAAAUGGCGCAUCUCUCAAUUCAGCGUAAUCAACGAGUCGAUCGAGCGAGAAUCGUCGAUAUUAAUUGUUCUCAAAGAGAGAACGACUUUCAAAUUUGAUUCGACCGCGAAACCAAUAUUUCGUUGCGUCAUACGUUCAAUUGACUGUAAUCGUACGUUCAACACCACAGUUCAUUGCAAAUCAGUCCAAUGCAAUGUGAUAACGCAGAUAACCAAUUGCAGAAGUUCCCAAGUCGACGGAAUGUUCGCGUUAACAAGUAACUCGUACGAAUCAGUCCGCGACAUACGCCAAGCAGAGAAAUCGUCAGAUCCUUUUCUCAAACGACAGUGCCGAUAAUUAAGGUCUUCAUUAUGAAACAAGAAUCAGCUUUUCGAAUCGGCUAAUCAACAGCGAGUCACAUCAAUCACUUUCGCAUGAAAUUUCCACAAAAUUGGUAAGCUAGCCGGGAGAAGAAAAGAAGAAACGUUCCGCGAUAUAUUUUUUUACACAGACAUUUUUCGCUAAACGAAUAGUUUGAGGAAACUGCGUUCCAACUCGACGCAGGGCCGACGCGAGAGUCGUGUCUUGCGAUACGCACUUGGCGAGUAGGAACGCUCAAAAGGAAGACCUACAAUUAAAAUCAAUAUAUGUAAACAUUUGUAUCGCUGGAAAGUAUAAUCGUGCGUAUACCGCGUACUUCUUAAGUAUAUACAUAUAUAUAUAUGUAUGUAUAUAUAUAUUUUUAAGCAGAGAAAGAACGUGUGCGCGCUCGUGUACUCUCCGAAGCGAGAAGCUUAAAAUCGCGAACAGCAUUCGUUUGCGGGCGAUGUCGACGAGACUGGCGUGUUACGACGCGGUAUAACUCGGAUCGUGUCGUUUAUUAAUCGAACGAACCGUGACGAGUCCGGAGAGCGUGCCGUGAUCUUCGCGAUGCGAACGAGAAAAUGGGAAAAAAAUUAAUCUCAACGGUUAAUGCGUAAAUUAAAAUAAAAUUAUCUUACCAAACAGAUGUAUGUACGCGACGUGUAUGUGUGUGUUUGUGCGCGUGUAUAUGUGCGUUAAGUCCGUGUCAGGUAAAGCUCGUGUCGGAGACUAGAUAUCGGGGAUGGAAGAUUCCGGAUCGGAGAAGACUGCACGGAGAGGAGUAAUUUGCAGGCGCAUGAUCGGAUUUUGCUGAAUUCACAAGUUAUUCGAGUGUAAGAAUAAAUUAAUAAAUGUAAGAAAACACUA